GCAGCGGUGAGGCACGGUGUCGAGCACAGUCUACCCAGCCGGCAACAUGUGGAAGGCAUUCGUUCUCUGUUUGGCGAUCGGCGCGCUAGCCGACGACGGCGUCAUAAGCAGACGACAGGAGCUGCUCCGCAGGAGGCGCCAGCAGUACUCGGCUCCUGCUCCUCAGCCUCAGCCAAGCUACGCCCCUGCCCCAGCCCCAGCUCCUGCCCCUCAGCCUAGUUAUGCCCCUGCCCCUGCUCCUCAGCCAAGCUACGCUCCCGCUCCUGAGCCCAGCUACGCUCCUGCCCCUGCCCCUCAGCCUAGCUACGCCCCUGCCCCAGCCCCUCAGCCUAGCUACGCCCCUGCCCCUGCCCCUGAGCCUAGCUACUCCCCUGCCCCUGCUCCUCAGCCUAGCUACGCUCCUGCUGCUGAGCCCAGCUAUGAUUCAGCUGCCUCAGUUGCUCCUGAGGCUCCUGAAGGAUAUGAUCAGCCGGUGGAGUACAAUGCCGCCGCCUACAGCGAUGAGCCCGCCAAGUACGACUACCAGUGGGCGGUGAAGGACGACUACGGAAACGACUACGGCCACCAGGAGACUAGGGACGGAGACAAGGUCCAGGGCUCCUUCUACGUCCAGCUGCCGGACUCGCGCAAACAGACGGUCAACUACCGCGUGGACGGCCAGAGCGGUUUCAUCGCCGACGUCCAGUAUGAGGGCGAGGCGCAGUACCCGGAGACCACCGGGGCGCAGAGCUACAGCGCGGGCCCAGCCAGCGCCGGGGCCUCCAGCGCGCAGGCCAGCUACCAGCCGGCACCGCAGCCCCAGCAGCAGAGCUAUGAACCCGCCCCUCAGCCCCAGCAGCAGAGCUAUGAGCCUGCUCCCCAGCCCCAGCAACCGAGCUACCAGCCAGCCCCUCAGCCCCAGCAGCAGAGCUAUGAACCUGCCCCUCAGCCCCAGCAGCAGAGCUAUGAACCUGCCCCUCAGCCCCAGCAGAGCUACCAGCCUGCCCCUCAGCCCCAGCAGAGCUACCAGCCUGCCCCUCAGCCCCAGCAGCAGAGCUAUGAACCUGCCCCGCAACCCGAGCAGCAAAGCUAUGAACCUGCCCCUCAGCCCCAGCAGAGCUACCAGCCUGCCCCUCAGCCCCAGCAGCAGAGCUAUGAACCUGCCCCGCAACCCGAGCAGCAAAGCUAUGAACCUGCCCCUCAGCCCCAGCAGAGCUACCAGCCUGCCCCUCAGCCCCAGCAGAGCUACCAGCCUGCCCCUCAGCCCCAGCAGCAGAGUUAUGAGCCUGCCCCUCAGCCCCAGCAGCAGCGUUAUGAGCCAGCCCCUCAGCCCCAGCAGAGCUACCAGCCGGCCCCUCAGCCCCAGCAGCAGAGCUACCAGCCGGCCCCUCAGCCCCAGCAGCAGAAGUAUGAACCUGCCCCUCAGCCCCAGCAGAGCUACCAGCCUGCCCCUCAGCCCCAGCAGCAGAGCUAUGAACCUGCCCCGCAACCCGAGCAGCAAAGCUAUGAACCUGCCCCUCAGCCCCAGCAGAGCUACCAGCCUGCCCCUCAGCCCCAGCAGCAAAGCUAUGAACCUGCCCCUCAGCCCCAGCAGAGCUACCAGCCUGCCCCUCAGCCCCAGCAGCAGAGCUAUGAACCGGCCCCUCAGCCCCAGCAGCAGAACUAUGAACCUGCCCCUCAGCCCCAGCAGAGCUACCAGCCUGCCCCUCAGCCCCAGCAGCAGAGCUACCAGCCAGCUCCUCAGCCCCAGCAGCAGAGCUAUGAACCGGCCCCUCAGCCCCAGCAGCAGAGCUAUGAACCUGCCCCUCAACCCCAGCAGAGCUACCAGCCAGCCCCUCAGCCCCAGCAGAGCUACAACUUCCCUGAAGCCGAAACGGGAUUCCAGCCACUUAGUUCUUCUUCAGGGGGCUACUCAUCUCCCAAAGCUUCCUCUCUUUUGUGAGUGGCCUACAAAACUCAAGAUGUAUUAACAGGAACUCUUAGCAAUUGAAUAACAACUGAUGCCAUACAAAUAUCGGAUGAUGCUCUCCACUGCUGGGCUAGGAAUGAUGAAAUGCCGAACUGUAUUGAAGGCUUUGCAGAGCUGCAGGAUGAAGACUGUGGACUAUUUUAGUGUGGGCUGGACAGUAUAUAACACCUUUUGCAGCGCUUUUGUUUGCGGGUGUGCUGUAGUUCCAACAUUGUAUUGGUUUUUCACACCAUCGGGUACCACGUUUUGUCGAUCGUGUAUUGCUUUAUGAAGGUUAUUGUUAUAUGUGCCUUACUCUAGUAUCCACUUGUUGGAUCUUUAUUUCUGCUCAGUGAAACUUGCAAAAGUUUAAGGGCGCGACACAUGGCGUUACCUUCAUAUUGAAAGUGAGUUAUAUUUGUCAAGAACAAACAAUAUUCCUAAGCCGUGUAAACGGCUAUCGAACUUUAUGUGACCGGCAACUUGCAUGCAUUUCGAUCAGUUCAGUUCAAUCUGUGUACCUGUUUGCUUUGCAUAUAACCUGUACCGUCUUUCAUCGAGUUGUUGUAUAUUGUGGUUUCUAUCAGUGUCAUGUUAAUACAUGUUUUUUUUAUACAAUCGACUUUUUGUCGAGACCAAGUGAUACACACUUUGCCGAAA